AUGGAUCCUGAUGCAGAGGUCUCGGUGGCAUCUGUAGCUGCAGGGCUGAAAGGGUGUUAUACUAGUCUCAUGAUCUCUGGUUCUCUACCUAGUCUCGUCGUACUCGCGUCUCUCUUCUUCCUCUGCGUCCGAGGGGACUGCCCAGUUGACCAGUUUCUUUGCUCCGAUGGCAACUGCAUUUCUUCGACGUCUGUUUGCAACCACAAACCAGACUGUCCCCACGGCGAAGAUGAAAGAAACCAAUGCGGUACGAUGUGCGACUUCGAGACACCGUGCGACUGGAAGGCAACCAACGUGGUUACGCGUCAAGGUUGGUCACAAGGCUUUGAAUUGACACAAGUCGGAGAUGACAUAGAUGGACCUACCAAGGAUUAUAUGCCAGGCACCGAUAAAGGACACUUCAUGUACCUAGCGUACAAGGCGAAUAUCCAGGUUCAACUGAUUAGUCCGUGGUAUGGAGGCAGCGGACCAGAAUGUCGGCUCAGCUUUGCUCUUCAGAUGGUCGGAGAGAACACGAUUGGCUCACUUAAUGUAUUACUUGCAACACCGAAUGUCACAAGAAUAAUACGCAGCUUCACCAAAAGCAGCAGCAGUCCGCUGCGGAACCCGCAUAGCAGCUUGAAACCCAUGUAA